AUGGGGAAAAUAGCCAAAAUUGAAUACUUUCGCGUGCCACCUAGAUGGCUCUUCGUGAAAAUCACCGAUGAAGCAGGCAAUGUCGGCUGGGGAGAAGCGUCCCUCGAAGGCCACACCCAGUCCGUGGAAGGCUGUCUAGAUGCAUGGAUAGAACAGUACACGGGUUUGGAAGCAGAUGAUAUUGAGCAGAUAUGGCAAAUGUCUUGGCGCAAGUCCUUCUACAGAGGCGGGCCAGUGUUCAUGAGCGCCUUGUCAGGCUUAGACAUCGCGCUAUGGGAUCUAAAAGCUCGCAAGCUUAAUGUCCCUAUUUACGAGCUUCUCGGCGGUAAACUACGGUCCAAGCUCAAAGUAUACGCCUGGAUCGGAGGUGACCGUCCUUCCGACGUCGAACAAGCAGCCCUCGCCCGCAAAUCCCAAGGCUUCACGGCCGUCAAAAUGAAUGCCACCGAAGACCUAGCCUGGCUCGACUCCCCCCGCCAACUAGCCAGCUGCAUCGAGAGGGUCAAAGCCGUCAAAUCACACAAUCUAGACGUAGGCAUCGAUUUCCACGGCCGGCUUCAUCGUCCCAUGGCGAAGCAACUUGCGUCUCAGCUUGAGCCCCAUCAACCAUUAUUCAUUGAAGAGCCCCUGCUCUCCGAACACGUAGAGGCCAUCAAGACGCUUUCUGGACAGACCACCAUCCCCAUUGCGCUUGGCGAACGUCUCCAUAGCAGAUGGGACUUGAAGCCCUUUCUGGAAGCUUCUUGUAUUGACAUCCUGCAACCGGAUAUAUGUCAUGUGGGCGGUAUUUCGGAACUAAGACGCAUGGCCGCCAUGGCGGAGACGUAUGAUGUGCCCAUUGCGCCGCAUUGUCCGUUAGGUCCGAUCGCCUUGGCCGCGAAUUUACAAGUGGCGGCUGCGACGGCGAAUUUUGCAAUUCAGGAAAUGAGCUUGGGCAUACAUUACAAUGUGGGAGGGUACGAUUUGCUGAGCUACAUUAACAAUCCUCAAAUUUGGGACGUCAAAGAUGGCUACGUCGAGUUGAUGAAGGGGCCGGGUCUGGGCAUUGAUGUGAAUGAGGAGCUAGUUCGAGAGGCUAGCAAAGGCGCCGAAGCUUGGGUUAGCCCUGGCUUUGUUGGUCCUGGCGGGGAACUGAGAGAAUGGUGA